CUCAGAGGGUUGUCGUCUUUCUGUCCAAAUGUCACAGGAACUCUUUCUAGAAUUGGAGAGAGGCCGUAGACUAAACGGGUUGUAACUGCUGAAUACUGACUUUCUGUGACCUCUUUGGAUCCGGAAAAACUUCACUUCCGCAGUUCACUUUUUACUUGAUGCAAGUGACUCAAACUCUGCUCCCAGUCCGUCACUGAAACGCUGACAGCACAUUUAUUUAAAGUGAAGUCUGUUGAUUGCUUUGAGAACCUCUCUUCUUCCAGGACUUAAUUUAUCAUUCUUCUCGUCCAAAGUUUCUUGGGUUUCUGAUGAGCAGGUCAAUGUGUGGCUGUGGCUGCAGCAUCAUCUCGUCGCUAAUGAAGAGGCUGGGCCGCUCUGCUUGCUGCUCAGACCUGCUGUCCUGCAGCCACACCUCCGAGCAUCUUCAGCGUCUGGCCACUGGCUGCCCACCUCAGCAUAAGAAUGCCAAGUCCUUGUCCUCUUCAGAUAGCCUAGCGAAGGUGCAGGAGGUAGCAAGCUGGCUUUUGGAAAUGAACCAGGAUCUGCUGUCGGGGGGCAGCGGCAGCAGGGAAGCCCAGCAGCAGAGGCCGAGACCGGGGGCAGCGGAGGCAGGUAACAGCACCUCCGGCCGCACAUCCCAGUCCCAGGCGGAGCACAUGAACCAGGUGCUGGAGGAGCCUGAACAGGAGGCGCAGCCACAAAGGAGGGAGCCGGGCGAGGAGGAGGACGGCAGAAGAGAGCCGUCGGGGGAUGGAGAAGAGGAACUAUGGCCGUCCGGAGGCGAGGCAGUGGAGGAAGGGCAGAGGAGUGAGGUGAAUGGAGCAGAGAAGAGUGCCCAGUGGAUGUGGGAGCAGGAGCAGCGACAACGCAGCAGGCGAAAUCACGAGGAGGAGGAGGAGGAGGAGGAGAACGAGGUGGAGGAGAACAAUAACAGUGGAAGGGAGGAGCAUGUCGGGCCAGGUCUUCGUUCUGAAGAAGACGAUGACCGGCCAGAGGAAGAGGAGGAUGGGGAGGAGGAAAUGGACCAGGACAGUGAUGAGUUUGAGCAUUCAGAAGAGAGUGGAAGGGAAGAGGAGGAGGCUGAGGAGGAGGAGGAAGGAGAGAAUGGACCCCACUCUCCCUCCAUCAGGACCAGUAUGUCGGACCUUAAUGAUAACACGGACCAAUCCUCUGGACGACAGCACCAAAGUUCACCCCCUGUCUUGAAGAAUAAGAUGAAGAGAAAGUUGGACCAUGGCCCUGAGGUUCGAAAUUUCCCUUCAGGAAAGAAGCCCUGUCCAAGUCCUACCGGACUGCUGUACCCAGCCACCCCCACCACGUUUGGGGACUUGCGAGCGGCCAAUGGGCAGGGUCAGCAGAGACGGCGUAUCACUUCCAUCCAGCCUCCGACGGGCCUGCAGGAGUGGCUCCGCACCUUUCAGAGCUGGAGCGGCCCAGAGAAGCUGCUUGCGUUGGAUGAGUUGAUUGACAGCUGUGAACCCACACAGGUGAAACACAUGAUGCAGGUGAUCGAACCGCAAUUUCAGAGAGACUUCAUCUCGCUGCUGCCUAGAGAGUUGGCCUUACAUGUGUUGUCGUUCCUGGAGCCAAAGGAUCUGCUUCAAGCAGCUCAGACGUGUCGUAACUGGCGCAUUCUUGCAGAAGACAACCUGCUCUGGAGGGAGAAGUGCAAAGAAGAAGGUAUUGUUGAGCCCUUGCACAUAAAGAGAAGGAAAGUUAUCAAGCCAGGGUUCACCCACAGUCCUUGGAAGAGUGCCUACAUCAGACAACACAGAAUAGACACCAACUGGAGGAGAGGGGACCUCAAAUCACCCAAGGUGUUGAAAGGCCAUGACGACCAUGUCAUCACCUGUCUCCAGUUCUGUGGAAACCGCAUAGUGAGCGGCUCAGACGACAACACGCUCAAAGUGUGGUCUGCUGUCACUGGAAAGUGUUUGCGGACAUUAGUGGGCCACACAGGUGGUGUCUGGUCCUCUCAAAUGAGAGACAACAUCAUUAUCAGUGGUUCCACAGACCGAACGCUGAAGGUCUGGAAUGCAGAGACGGGAGAAUGUAUCCACACGCUGUACGGUCAUACCUCAACAGUGCGCUGUAUGCACCUGCAUGAGAAAAGGGUGGUGAGCGGUUCUCGGGACGCCACACUGCGGGUUUGGGACAUCGAAACGGGUCAGUGUUUGCACGUGCUCAUGGGUCAUGUGGCGGCCGUGCGCUGCGUACAGUAUGACGGUCGAAGGGUUGUCAGCGGGGCCUAUGACUUCAUGGUGAAAGUGUGGGACCCUGAAACCGAGACCUGCCUACACACACUUCAGGGUCAUACCAAUAGAGUCUACUCACUACAGUUUGACGGCAUCCACGUGGUGAGCGGUUCAUUGGACACGUCGAUUCGAGUGUGGGAUGUAGAGACAGGAAACUGUAUUCACACACUCACAGGUCAUCAGUCUCUCACCAGCGGCAUGGAGCUCAAAGAUAAUAUCCUGGUCUCUGGCAACGCAGACUCCACCGUCAAGAUCUGGGACAUCAAGACCGGCCAGUGCCUACAGACACUGCAAGGUCCCCACAAGCACCAGAGUGCAGUAACAUGCCUGCAGUUCAACAAGAAUUUUGUCAUCACCAGCUCUGAUGACGGUACGGUGAAGUUGUGGGACCUGCGGACGGGCGAGUUCAUCCGUAACCUGGUGACACUCGAGAGCGGCGGUAGCGGCGGCGUGGUCUGGCGCAUUCGUGCCUCGAACACCAAACUCGUCUGUGCAGUGGGCAGCCGUAAUGGCACGGAGGAAACCAAGCUCCUAGUGCUUGACUUCGACGUGGACAUGAAGUGAGCCAAGCGAAGGUGGUGAACUGAGGGGACUUGAUGUUUGGAAACGAGGAGAGGCGGAGCAACCUGCCCUGGGUCUCUUCGCUGAGGCCCACACCAGGACCGAUUGCUCAAUUCAUUGCACCGCCAACCCUGUCGUGCUUUGCUUGAUCUCGGUGUACUCAGUAUGACUGCCACCACAGUUCUAUUCACCUUCAGAAAGGGAGGGUGGGGGCAGACGCUCAUGCACCACAGCUUUCUGGGAAGGGGAGGAAACUGAAUAGAAGGACUUCGGAAGGCUGGAUUGAGCUUUUUCGUGGAUUCUCCCUUUUCCUACCACUCAAGGCGACCUUGCACAGUGACUUCUUCACUCAAGCCAGACUGAAACUCGCACCCAUACGUACAAACAUUAUUUUUUUUAUCAUCCAAACAAGUCAACAUGGACAUAGAGUGCUUAAUAGUGUAUACAAAAAGUACAAAUUAAAUUUGAAUGGAGAAAGAUAUAAAAAGAGCUUUGUACUGUGGGAGUGAUUAGAAAAAGAGAGUCAAAGGAAGCCAGUUUUGUCGGUCCUCAUCAACCUCAGCACACGCCAAAUAUCCCCUUCUCCCUCCCGCGUUGGUUUUCUUUUUUUCUUUUGUAUUUGUUUAUUAUUAUUUUUAGGAGUUUUUGCUUUAUUCCCCAUGGCUUUGUCUUUUGGUUUUUACGUCAACAGCUGUGAAUUCAAGUUGUAUACGUUCUUUUCAAGUUCGGCAUUUCAUUUUCACUUCUGCCUGCUGUUGCAAACAACAAGUCUCAGUAUUAAGCUAAACCCACUCUGCUGUUUCACACAUUUUGGGGGGGUUACUUUUGUUUUUCUUUUGUUUUCGUUUUUAGUACUCCUUUAGUACAUAAGCAGUGACUCUUCGGAUUCUGAGAUGACCUUCUUUGCUUAUGUUUUUCAACCAGUCUGAUCUCGUUAGUUCAUCAGUGCUGGUGCUCUGUGGGAAACGGGAAUUGUUGUCCCAUAAACUCUUGGGAAUAUGUGUCCCCCACCCUUUCCCAGUACUGUCCAUCCCAGUGGCCAAACUGGAUUUUAUGCUGCUAGACACAAGGAAAAAUAUGAUGGAACUUUUACCGGCUGUGACGUUUUAGUCCCAGACUAAAUUCUAAAAAAGUUACUUGUAGAGUUUGAACUUGUAAAAAUGACAAACAUACACACCAACAAAAGCAAGAUAUUGACUAUAACAGCUUCUCUUUUUUUGCCACUGAGACUUGAGCCAAAUGUGCCUCUACGAGACGUAGAGGAGGGAGAAUGUCUGACAGAGAUGAGUUUGCCUGGUAACAUGAAACGAUGGACGAGUAGAAACUAUGUUGCGUGUGCGUUUGCAAGCAUGACUGAGUGUGUGUGUGUGCGGGUGUGUGUCGGAGCAAAUUGUUCACACAUUCCUUGGGACAAAAGCUCUGCCAGCCUGAGGAGAUGUAUGUUUUGACAAAAAAGAGAACAGUUCUUGUUUUUAAUUAGUUGACAAAUGAGAUUGUUGGAACCUAUAUAAAGUUACCGAUGUAAAGAACAUUGUCAAGUUCAUGCAGAAAAAAGGUGGUCUUAGUGUACAGAAACUGACAUCGGAUUAAGUCUAAGUGCUAGAGCUAACCUCAUGGUUUCUUUGAAUGGUAAAGCAGCUUCAUAGAUGAACAGGACGUAACCGCAUCCGUAGCCAAACAAUACGUCUCAUCCUCCAAGUCACACAACUCAAGCUGAACUGUGAAAGUGGUUUAACACUGUAUAUUAAAAACAAUCUUGUUCUUUCUCCUUUUUUUCUUCCCUGUUUAAUUUAUAAUCUGGUUUGAGAAAUCAGAUGAUGGAGCUGUUUUAUUUUUUCAGUUAUGUAAACUGCCUGGCAAAACAGACAGAUAAAAAAGGAACCUUAAAGGGAUUGUGUAUUUGUUUGAUUCAUUUAGAAUUUUUAUUUUCUUAUAACUUAAGUGCAAUAAAAUGUGGGUUUUUCUUUUUUCAUUUCAAGAAUUUUGGUUGUCUGUGUUCCUCACUGUGUGAAAGUGUUAUGUGUCCAAUAAAGCUUCUACAAAUGA